CAAUCCAUCAGUCACUCAGCAUCAGUAGCAAAAGCUACAGCUAAAACUCAAAACUCCUUUAAAACGAAAUAGAAUAUUUCUAUAUACCACGCUUCAUUAUGAACUUCUACAAGGUCUUCAUCUUCGUUGCCCUCAUCCUGGCCAUCAGCAUGGGUCAAUCCGAGGCUGGUUGGCUGAAGAAGAUUGGCAAGAGAAUUGAACGCAUUGGCCAGAACACACGAGAUGCCACCAUCCAGGGCUUGGGUAUAGCUCAACAGGCAGCAAACGUCGCGGCUACAGCCAGGGGCUAAACCUAUAUAAAAUUUCAGAUUAUUGAGUUUAAAAAUAUAUUUUCAUUACCUUUUAA